AAGUGCUUACUGUGUGCCACUGACUGUGAGACGCUGAGGAGACAUCGGUGGGCAAAGUCUGACUCGGUCCCCACCCUUACCGGGUGCAUUCUCUGAUGUAAUGUGGUUGAACCAACAUUGUGCAGGGCCUCACUUGAACCACACAGCUGAGACCCAGAAAGGAAAUUUAAAGAGACUGAGUAGAUGGAAUAGUACAAAUUUGACACACCUAAGCUGAUGCGUUUGACACUAGAUUAGAAGAAACCUCGAGCUCUCAGAAUUGGUCACUUCGACUUUGGGCACAGUUUUAACAAACUUGGUUAUCUGGCUCUCUCUCCAGCGUUGUGGCCAAGAAGCAGCAAAUUAGAGGGAGGGUGAUGACGGAGGAUUCCUGAGAAAAAGUGGAAUGCAAGCUGAUUCUAAAGAGGAGGCACCAAAACAGCACAACAGCCUGGAUUUCUUGGACACAAGGCAGUGUUUCCAUCAUUUUUCUAUUUAUAGCUGUCUGUCUGCAUUCUGAUUGGGAACAUUGGGCUCAUUUUCAUCAUGCCAACAGUGGUGGUAAUGGAUGUAUCCCUUUCCAUGACCCGACCUGUAUCUGUUGAGGGGUCUGAAGAAUAUCAGCGCAAGCACCUAGCAGCCCACGGUUUGACAAUGCUGUUUGAGCACAUGGCCACGAAUUACAAGCUUGAGUUUACAGCCCUGGUGGUUUUUUCAUCACUCUGGGAGCUGAUGGUUCCCUUCACAAGAGAUUAUAACACCCUACAGGAAGCACUAAGUAAUAUGGAUGAUUAUGAUAAAACCUGCUUGGAGUCUGCAUUAGUUGGUGUUUGCAACAUUGUUCAGCAAGAAUGGGGUGGUGCAAUUCCUUGCCAGGUUGUUCUGGUGACAGAUGGCUGUCUUGGCAUUGGUAGAGGGUCACUGCGGCAUUCCCUAGCUACUCACAAUCAACGAAGUGAGAGCAACAGGUUCCCACUACCUUUUCCCUUCCCAUCUAAGUUAUACAUCAUGUGUAUGGCAAAUUUGGAGGAGCUUCAGAGCACUGACUCCUUGGAUUGCCUUGAACGUCUCAUAGAUUUAAACAAUGGUGAAGGGCAGAUUUUUACUAUUGAUGGCCCCCUAUGCUUGAAAAAUGUUCAGUCUAUGUUUGGAAAACUGAUAGAUCUGGCAUACACGCCUUUCCAUGCUGUUCUCAAGUGUGGCCACCUAACUGCAGAUGUGCAAGUCUUCCCCAGGCCAGAGCCUUUUGUUGUAGAUGAGGAAAUCGAUCCUAUCCCUAAAGUCAUUAACACAGAUUUGGAAAUAGUGGGGUUUAUUGAUAUAGCUGAUAUUUCCAGUCCUCCAGUUCUGUCCAGACAUCUGGUCCUACCUAUAGCACUUAACAAAGAAGGUGACGAGGUGGGUACUGGCAUAACUGAUGAUAAUGAAGAUGAAAAUUCAGCCAAUCAAAUUGCAGGCAAAAUACCCAACUUCUGUGUCCUGCUCCAUGGCAGCCUAAAAGUGGAAGGAAUGGUAGCAAUAGUUCAGCUAGGUCCUGAAUGGCAUGGAAUGCUCUACUCCCAAGCUGACAGCAAGAAGAAAUCAAACCUCAUGAUGUCCCUCUUUGAGCCUGGCCCAGAACCUCUCCCAUGGCUAGGGAAAAUGGGACAGUUGGGUCCUAUUUCAGAUGCGAAAGAAAACCCUUACGGUGAGGAUGACAAUAAGAGCCCAUUCCCGCUGCAGCCCAAAAACAAACGCAGUUAUGCCCAGAAUGUGACUGUCUGGAUCAAACCCAGUGGCCUGCAGACAGAUGUACAGAAGAUUUUAAGAAAUGCAAGGAAAUUACCUGAAAAAACACAGACAUUCUAUAAGGAACUGAACCGUUUACGAAAGGCUGCCCUGGCCUUUGGUUUCUUGGACCUGCUCAAAGGGGUGGCUGACAUGCUGGAAAGGGAGUGCACGCUGCUGCCCGACACAGCCCACCCCGAUGCAGCGUUCCAGCUGACCCACGCUGCCCAGCAGCUCAAGCUGGCCAGUACUGGCACCUCCGAGUACGCUGGCUACGACCACAACAUCACACCUUUGCAGACAGACUUCUCCGGGAGCAGCACUGAAAGAAUGUAAAGCUGACUUUGGGAGCCUUCCUUCCUUCUCAUUUUAAGUCCAAAUGAUUUCGGGUAAAAACUUCUCCAGGGUGUUCACCUCUGCAGCCACCACCUGAAGACCUCCCUGAGGCUGCCUCAGAAGCACCCCUUGCUGGUUUGAGUGACUGCAACAGUCCGAGAAGGGCUUUGACCUUCGCUUUCUAAGCUCUUUCAGCCCAGAAGACACCUAUGGCUCCCGUGAUGGGUACAUCUUCUGAGAAGCUUGAUGGUGUGAUGGGUACAGAGCUCUCUCCCUUCCUCAGGAAACCUAACCCACAGGGGUCCUCUGGCUUUCUGAAAGGCAUCUUCUCUCCUCUCAAUCAUAAGGACAUUUUCAAGAUUCUGCCCUUGGAAUGAGCAACCCAGACUGGGACUAGCUAAGGACAAGCCCUACACCACUAAGUUUCAGAACUUUUCUUAGAACUUGGGCAAAACUUAGUGGUAACACUUAGGUGCUUUUGGUAUGUCUUGAGAUAGACUUUUAAACAGCAGCCAUAAAUGUAAAAAAUUAUUCCCAUUUCUUCAAGCUUUGUUUUUUAAUGAAAAAGUAUUUGAUUUUCUAUAAAAUGGUUUCACUGGUAAA